GUGAGUUCAUUGCAGUGAAUUUCUUCCAGUGACAGCUUAUAUGGCUUCACUGGAGUACCAUCAACUAACAGGAUUUGUCCUUGUAUAUCACAGACUCCUGCACCUCAGCCUAUUAACUUUUAAUGCUCUUGGAAUACUGAGCCUCUCAGCUAUAUCUGGUGGCAGUGAAUCUAUGUUUUCAAAGAAGCAGAAUGCCACUGCCCUUCUACUUGUUGCAAGCCAGAAAACCUUGCCUGUGAUGGUAGCAGUUGUGGAGCAGCUCGGUGGUGCACUCGGUGAAUCUGGUUUGCUUGUUCUUCCCUGUGUUGCUGCACAUCUGAAUCAGAUCAUUAUGGACUCUUUUCUUGUAAGUUUCUGGUUUCAAAAAGAGCAUUCAUUGAAGAUUGCCAAGGGAGCCUAAAUUGGAAGAGAGCAUAAUUGCUGAUGAAAACGGGUACUCUUUGUGGAUCCAUUUUUCGAAGAUGGUGCUGAUGCCGAUGCUAAUGGCAAAUGAUCUGAUGCAUUGCACCUUCGUUAUUUGUGACCAAAAACUCGUUUGUGUUUCGGCAUUGUUGCCGCCAUUUGGUUUACACAUGGAACCCUAACCUUCUUGUAUUCUGGUGUCUAAAAUCAUUGAAUUCAUCAAUCAAAUAGCUAAAAUGCUUGGAUCCUAUCAUCUUUCCGUUCUGGGAAUUUUUGGUUGUACAUUAUUCAGAGCCCACAUUGCGAGCCAAGUUUUGGGAAAGUUGCUUACAUGGACAAUUGAAAAUGCUGACAAAAGUUUAUACUUGAUUUUUUUUGGGGUUCAG